AUGAAUAAAGCAGUGUGUGAAAAGUUCGAGAAUCUAUGGGAUAAAUUUCCUGAUAAAUUGGAUAAAGGAAAAUAUGAAUUUAAAGAACAAAAUUUUUUAGAUGGUUAUUGUUUUGAUUAUGAAUGUAAUAGUGAUUACGGAAAAAUUAAUGCUGGAUUUUAUUAUUUGUUUAAUGGACUCUUUGGGGUUUCUGGUUUGUUUAAUUCUAGCGAAACAAGUAACAUCAAUGUGGUUGAAUACAUUAUGAUAUGGUUAUGUUAUAUGUUAAACCUGAAGAGUACUCGAGAUGACAACUUCACCAAUCUAAAUAAUUUUUAUAAAGCAAAUAUAAAAAAUCACAACAACUAUACUAGUUUCAUUGAACUUAUAAAUGAAAAAAAAAAAUUGAUGAAUAUUUCUAAAGAUAAAGUGUCUAAACUUUACGAGUUAUUUAAAAUUUUAUGUGAAAUGUAUACUAAAAUUGAUGAUGACAAUAAAAAAUGCAAUAACUAUUUGAAAGAUGCUAAUAAAUUUGUUGAUGAAUAUCAAAAACUCCUUAAUGAUAAUGAUACUGAUAAUGGAAACAAUUCAUAUAAUCAACUAUUGUGUACUUUAUCAACUGAUUAUGAUAAUUUAAAAAGUAAAUGUAGCGAUAGUUCAUCCUUUCCAGAGAUAAAAACACCAAAAAAAUGUGUAAAAAGAUCCGAACAAAAUUCUCAACUAAUUUCUGCACAAACUUCUGAAGCUAUAGCACAAAGUCCGUCGAUAGGAAACAAAUUAUUUAUAGUUUUAUCGAUAUUUGGUGCAAUAGCAUUUUUUUUAGGAAUUUCUUAUAAGUAUUCGUUAUUUGGAUUUCGGAAACGAUUUCAAAAACAAAAAUUAAGAGAAAAGCUAAAAAAUAUAAAGAAGAGAAUAAAUCAUUAA